AGUUGGGAACCAAAGGCUGCAGUGAAUGGCAUCUACGGAUAGCUAUGUUGCGAGACGAGCGACUGACUAUCCCCGAAAGAUAUCCCUGGGUAUUUGUUGCCUUUGAAUCAGAACGCAGCAGUGUGGUGAAGCCAAAGUGAGUCGAGUUUGAGGGGGAGGUGCACUGCACAGUGGUCAUUAACAUACUUUUACACUCCUUGGAAGAAGAAUUCUUCACCUUCUGCCUGCUUUUAAUGUACUAAUACUAUUCUUCCUGGGACAUUCGACUAAGAAGAGGAUCACUGUCAAUGAUGGGGACUUUACUUUUACUUGACUUUACCACAAAGCAUGACUUUUGUGCAUCUUUUUCUCGGAGAUGUCAACAACAUCCGCACUCAGAGCAACAACAACCUCUCUUCUUCAAGUAUUGGCAGCAGUUGUCCCCGCUUCUUUCCUAUCUUGCAUUCACUCUUCCAAUGUAUGCAGCAACUUCUUUGGCAACUCAACACUGGCGGGUCUCCGGUUGGCCGGGGCAGGUCACCCCAGUGUUCCUGCCAGUUUGGUCGACACGGAACCCAUUCACUUCUUUCUUCCUUUGCAACACCUUUCCUUGCGCUGCUUCUUUUCCCCCUCGGGGCCAGUCUUCUACUUCUCUCACACAUCGAAAGGACACGAUUCAUUUAUUUCAUCUCCGGCUACUACUCGUCUCUUUCAUCACCUCUCGUUUCGCAAAGCUAUCUCUCAUCCCAUAACAACCUUCCCUUUCAUCUUGAGCCUGAAGGAACGAGUAACAUCCGCCAAGGUGCUCUUUACCUUGUCUUGUGUCUGACCACUAUAUCAACGUUUCUGAGGUUAGGCGUCGUGAAUUUUGCUUUCGGCAUAAACAAUAUGCCUGGUGACCGCGAAUCCCGUUUCUGUCGUUUCUGCUCUAGACCUGGGCACGAAGAUACGCAAUGUAACUUCCUAACCCUUUGUCGGGGCCUCUAUGAACUUGUACGUUGAACUGGCUGUUACAGCGCGGCUACUAAUGCUCGUGCAGUCUCUCAUGAUAUCGCACCGACCCGGAACCAGAGUUAGCCUCACGGAAACCCAAAGAGCUCUCGAUAGAAUCGUUACCCGUCGUAACAGAAACAGACGGCGAGCAAUCAGACGGCGCGA